GUCGCGAGAGCACGGAAGGGCGCGACGACGCUCGCUCACUCACGCACGCUCGGAUGGUCUCGCGCGCGCACAGCACUUUGUUUUUCGGUCAUGCGGCAUUGGUCCCGUGUCAGCACGGUGCUUAGUGAAUCCUGUGAGAGAAGGAGAGGAAAACCAGGCCAGUGGGAGCUGUCGAGGAUUUACAGUGCGACCGCCGAAAGGAUACGCGCGCUAUAACGACUGUGAUCAGUGAUUAAACGUUUUUUGACUGAAUGAUGCAAUCGGAAAAAUUACGGAAAUGUCCUCCAAGCGAAAACAAACAUAUAAGUGAAAGAGACAAUCAAAUGAACACCGUUUUAUAUCCCUUAUUAUUUUGCCAACAACAUUGAAAAGUCCAUCACAGCCUUUACAGAACUUCCCGUCGUCCCAAGAUGAGGCCGAAGUCGUGGUGGUGGCUGUGGGCGGCGGCUGUGGUGAGCGUGUGUGGCGUAGGAAGCCCAGGUCAGGCGUUCACACUCGAGGGCUACUUCAAGGUACUUGCUCUGGCUGCCAAGAAGAGGGACGUCUGGAGGAAAAUAUUCUUAGGGAAGGACCUGGGCUUCGACGUCUCGCCUUGGCUCUUCAAGGACCGAGUGAGGCCGCCCUACGUGCCUGUGCUCACCAGCUUCCCUCGGUCGCCCUUCUUCGGGCACUACACCAGUGAGAGGAAUCCCGCCCCCUCCUCCCCCGCCAGCUCUUCCUACACCUUCUACGACGGGCAGGUGUCGAUGCCGAAUGCCAGGAGGCACUAUACGUAUCCUGAAGCGAGAAGAGGCUGGGGAGCCGGAGGAGGAGGUGGUGGUGGUUGGCUGAAGGGCAUGGCGGCGUUCCAAGGUCUCCAGAGGAACGGCGUCGUUGGCCAAAACUACUUCGGAGGGUCGGCAGAAGGAAGUCCAAUGCACAUCCGGCACCGCAGGGACACCACGGCCGCGCUGGAGGGGGAGGAGGGCCGCCGGCGCAGAAGGGCGGCUUCUCGAGGGGGCGCGAGGGAGGCUCCACAGGCGCGCAGCCGAUUUCAGGUUUUCACGUAUCUCGGCUACGAAGGCCUCCCCGAGAGAUAACCCGACGCGCAGGGGGAUCUU